AUGCCGGUUGUCAUCAUGAACUCGCGCGGCCACAACGGCCUGUACUGCGACCCUGAAGUGGCGGAAAAAUUGCGCCAAUUCCGUAUGGAUAUCCUGGCUCUCUGCGGCGGCAAGCCGACGCCAGGAACCUUCCUCUUGCUCCUGCUGCUUACUCCCAGGCCCCCUAAGCCUAUCCCGCCAAAUAGCUCCAAAGAUCAGGUCGUUUACUGGGUCUUCCCUACCGGUCGCCCUAGUCGCCGCCAGAGAGAGGUCGCUGACCAUCUUAGGCCAGGAUUUAAGAAGGUCUAG